AUGAUGGUUUUGAAAGCCUGUGCAGUAUGUUUGAGCACCGAUGUUAAAUUUUAUAAUAUGGAUAUUGGACAAUUAAGACAGGAUUAUAACUUGGUGUCUGGUCUAAGAACACACAAGGGCAACGGUUUACCUGGGUAUCUUUGUUUCGAAUGCUCCGCAUAUUUAAGACGUUAUAAACAAUUUAGAGAUAAAUGCCAGAGAGCACAUUAUGCGUUGAAGCAAGUCCUUUAUAAUCAGAAACAGAUUACAAAAGAUGCAAUAGAAAUAAUUGAUCGUAAGCUUAUUGAUAUUCUGCCAUCCCUAUCUUAUGUAGACAAAAGUAGAACACACUAUGAGGAAGUAAAGUUCCAAUGGAUUAAGCAAAGCCGUUGUAAUAACAUUAAAGGUGAAGUGCCUAUCAUGCAUCAUAGCACAGAUGACACAAUUGAAACUGUAAUACCAAGAACAGGCUCAAACUUGAAUAAAAUCUUGGUCAAAACUGAAUUUGAAGACACAUCCAUUGACAGAGAUUUCGCUUUAGACUUACCAGAUUUAGAUGAUGGACCAAAGGAACCCGAUUCUUUCGACCAAUCAGCAACACACAAUGAAACCGGGUUCUCAAAUGAAGCAACCCUAUUCCAAGAGUUUUUUAUCAGUAAUGUUCAAGACUAUGCUAAUAAUGUUGAUUCACAAUGUAAAGAUGAAUCAUUUGCAUUGAAAAAAGAUGAUCAGGAUGUAGACGGAUGUAACUUGGAUGAAGAGUAUGCUAGUGUAGUUCCAAUAUCUAUUAAAGAGGCAAAAGCUGCUGUAGAAGUGUAUAAAAUGUUUAGUCACGGCAAAUACUCUUGUGAUGUUUGUACAAAAGCAUUCUUUAGUGAAAAUCGUUUGAAAAUUCAUAUGCGAAUGCAUGACAAGCAUGUCAGUGGCACAUUCUUUUGUGAAUUGUGCAAUUAUUAUUAUAAGACAGAUUUUCUUUUGCAAAAUCAUAUGACUGAAAAACAUAUGUAUAAAUACAUAUGCAGAAAAUGUCCUGAAGUUAGUUUUGACAGAACAUCAGCCAAACAACACUUUAUUUGGACACACCUGCAAAAGGGCAAUAAUAAGAAUGCAAACUGGUAUGAAUCCCGUCCCACUUGGCUUAAUAAUAAAGGUGGAAAGAGGCUCAAAGGCGUAGUGUCCCUUCGUCCUGUCAGGAAGAUCAAGAAGUUACCUGAAGAUUUCCUUGUGUAUUCUCCAAUAUCACAGGAAGAGCAGUACAGAAUAGUCGAGGCUCGACAAAAGAGCAUGAAUUAUUUAGAGGCCGAUUUUAAGUGCAAGCUUUGUUUCAAAGGCUUUCGAGAGACUACUACAUAUAACAAACAUAUGAGGAAGCAUGACCCGGCAUUUGCAGGUAAUCUCCAGUGUGACGUAUGCAAAUUAUAUUUUAAGGAUACAAGGAAAAUGUACAAACACAUGAAUAUCACUCAUCUUUUCAAAUAUUCAUGUCAAAUUUGUAGUUAUGUCUGUUAUAAUAAAGGACAAGCGCACCUGCACUACAGAUGGCAUAAAAAUGUCACAUACCAGUGUCAACACUGCAAGAUGGAGUUCAACAAAGCUUCGACCAGGUUGACUCACAUUCGAAUAAAACACCCAUCGACGAACAUUUGCAAUCUAUGCGGGCACAGUUUCGUAAGCGAGACGGGCCUGUAUUGCCAUCAGAGAAUCGCUCACAGCAAGGAGGAGAUCGAGUGCAGCGAGGCGCUGGAGGUGAACGUGGAGGACCCGCUGUACUGCGCCGAGUGCAAGAUCCAGUUCAAGAACCAGGACGCCUUCGCGACCCACUUCGGCAGCUCGAAGAAGCACUCCGUCACGAACCGUUCCGUGGUCAACAGCAGCCCGGGGAAGAACGUGCAAGCCAAGAAGCGGAAGGUGACCCGUCGCGACGGCUCCAUUAUAUUGAACAACGGCGUGCCGACGUCUACGAAGUGCGAAGUGUGCGGUGAGUUCCUCUCCAACGACGUGCAGGCGAGGAAGCACUACGAGGCGGAACAUCCCGGCGUGGAGUUCCUCAAGCGGUACAUGUGCGACGUUUGCGGCCACACGACCAAGCAAUACGCCAACCUGAUGGUCCACAUGCGCACGCACACGAACGAGAAGCCGUACCAGUGUCCGCAAUGCGACCGCCGCUUCAGCAUGCCCAGCAACAGGGACCGUCACCUCGUCGUCCACACCGGGGAGAAGCGAUACCAGUGCCAGCUGUGCAACCGUCGCUUCACCCAGAGCAGCGCCGUCAAGCUUCACAUACAGACGGUGCAUCUGAAAAUACCCUACGCGCCGUGGGACAAGAAGAACAGGAAACGUCGUCGGGAAAUGGAGGCACCGUCCUUGCCAACCGUCACCACACAGCCUCCAGAGCAAAAGAUCAUCAUCGAGACGAACACCGAUUACUUGAACGCGUACAUCUCCUACAACGAG